GAUCCAGAAUAGGCUUCUGGAAAUGGCGGAUCAGGACCUGGAAAAGACAAUACAAAUUGCAACCACGAUGGAGUUGUCCGAGAGGAGCACGAAGCAGCUUCGAGGAGAAGAAACAGUCGCAGCCGUUGGAGCAGCAACGAGGAAGGUGCCUUUUGUUAAAGAUAAGUCAUUCAAGAGAAAGAAAUUUGAACGCGGGAAAUUCACGAAAAAUGGCGCGAAUAGCGAGCGUGAAGAUAGGCGCGAACCGAGGCGCGAAUCGAGGCGCGAUAGUCAUUUGGUCGUUUGCUAUAGAUGCGGUAAAGAUCAUUACGCGUCCGCGUGUAAAAUGGAUAGAUCAAUCAAAUGUUUAAAGUGCGGGAAAGCAGGGCAUAUUAAAAAAGUUUGCAAAGCGAAAUCGUUUCCAACGAAUACAGUAGACUACAGGGAAACGACGAGCGAAAUACUUUCAAUACAAGAACAUACGCAAUUUCGCGAGAAAAUAUAUGUUACGCUUAAUGUGAAUGACAAACAAGUGCGAUUCGAAAUAGAUAGUGGCGCGGCCGUUACAUUAAUGUCGGAAAGCGACGCGAGAAGAUUGUUUGCGGGCGCGCGAAUUCAAAAAACGGAUUUACAUUUAAUAUCGUUUUGUAAAGCACAGAUACGCGUGUUAGGAUACAUUACUGUUAAGGUGAGGAGCGGUGAGACUUUGCGUAAACUAAACAUUUACAUUACCACGCAAGAUCGCGAACCGCUACUCGGUAGAGAGUGGAUAUUGCAGAUGAAAGAGCAUGAUAAAGUACAAAAUUUUACGAAUAUCUUGCAGUCGAUACACUCAUUACAGGUUAUGGAGAAAGCUGAAUUGCAGAAAUUAUUUCGGGAAUUUAGAGAAAUUACGAAUCCAACAGUAUCAAAAAUCUCGAAAAUACAAGCGCGACUAAAUCUAAAAGAUAACGUUCAACCGGUAUUUUGCAAACCCAGGGGGGUACCGUUUCGCUUACGAGCUCAAGUAGAGGAAGAGCUGGAGAAACUAGUAAAUACGGGAAUUUUAGAAAAAGUCGACUGCGCGGAUUGGGCAACACCGGUCGUGCCUGUUCUAAAGAAGAAUGGUGCGAUACGGUUAUGCGGGGACUAUAGUGUUACAUUAAACCCAAGAUUAAAGAUCGACAAGCAUCCGUUACCGACGCCAGACGAACUCUUAACACAAAUGGCGGGCGGUACAGUAUUUUCAAAAAUUGAUUUAUUGCAAGCAUACUUACAGUUAGAAAUACGACCAGAAGACCGCGAAUUACUUACUAUCAACACACACAAAGGACUUUACAAACCGACGCGACUAAUGUACGGAGUAGCAUCAGCGCCAGCGAUAUGGCAACGCACAAUUGAAAAUAUUUUAAAAGAUAUUCCGGGUGUCGUAGUAUUUUUGGACGAUAUACGUAUUGCAGGCGUAGAUUCGAGAGACCAUUUACAAAAAUUACGGCAAGUUUUUACGCGAUUACAAAAAUAUAAUAUAAGAAUUAACGUAGAUAAAAGCGAGUUCUUUACAGACCAAAUACAAUAUUGUGGUUACAUAAUUAAUAAAAGCGGUAUACAUAAAGCGCCAGAUAAAAUAGAGGCAAUUAAUAAUAUGCGAAGGCCCACAAAUAUUACAGAAUUGAGAAGUUUCUUGGGCAUGAUACAUUACUACGAUCGAUUCAUUCCGAAUUUAAGUUCAAUUUUGAAACCGUUGAAUACAUUAUUACAAAAGGAAGUAAAGUAUGAAUGGUCUCCCGACUGCGAAAAAAGUUUUCAAGCCGCGAAGAAAGCUUUUACAAGUCCGCGAUGUUUAGUACAUUUCGACCCUAAACUCCCAGUUACAUUGGCGACAGACGCAAGCCCAUACGGAGUCGGAGCAGUUCUUUCGCAUAUUUUUCCGGACGGUUCAGAAAAAGCUAUACAAUACGCGUCAAGGACAUUGUCAAAAGCGCAACAGGCCUAUGCACAAAUCGAUAAAGAGGCGUUUGCAAUAAUUUUCGGAAUUAAAAAGUUUUACCAAUAUUUACAGGGAUCUAAAUUUACAUUAAUUACAGACCAUCGUCCGCUUACACAAAUAUUUUCACCCGCAAAGAGUUUGCCAGUAUUUACAGCCGCGAGAAUGCAGCAUUACGCGUUAUUUUUACAAAGUUUUAACUAUGAUAUACAAUAUAGAAAGUCAGAAUUACAUGCAAAUGCAGAUUGCUUAUCUAGGCUUCCAAUUCCAGCUACCGAUACAUACGAAUGCGAUACAAUUGACGAAUUCCACAAGGCUACAUUCAAUACAUUGCCGGUUACAGCAGAGCAAGUUGCACAAGCUACAUUAGAGGAUAAAGAAUUGUCUAAAUUAUUAAAAUGCAUUCGAACAGGACGAGGGGACUUGAAGAACAAUAGAUUUCAUUCAGUUCCGCUCACAGAGUUUACGCUUUUCAACAACGUGAUUUUUAGAGAUCAUAAGGUAGUUAUUCCGGUAAAAUUACAAAAAAAAAUAUUACAAGAAUUACAUUCAGGACAUUUUGGUGUGGUCCGAACGAAACAUUUAGCCAGAGGAUAUGUCUGGUGGAAUAAGAUAGAUAAUGACAUCGAAAAUUUAGUUAGAAAUUGUUCCGAAUGUAACGCUUACAAAAAUAAUCCAACUCAGAUUACACACCAUAUUUGGGAACCAGCUAACGUUCCGUUUCAGCGAGUUCACAUAGAUUUUGCAGGACCAUUUUUAGGGCAUUAUUUCUUUGUUCUGGUAGAUGCAUACACUAAAUGGCCAGAAAUACACGUAGGUAAUAAUAUAAACUCACAAGUUACGAUAGAAAUUUGUAGAAAGAUAUUUGCAAUUUACGGAUUGACCCAGUACUUGGUCUCCGAUAAUGGAAGAGCGUUUGUUUCGAAGGAAUUUACAGAUUUCCUAAAAGUAAAUGGAAUUACGCAAAGGCUCACUGCUCCAUACCAUCCUGCCACAAACGGACAGGCAGAGCGUUAUGUACAAAUAUUAAAGAAUUCGUUAAAGCGAAUGAAAGCGGAUCGUACGAAUAUACAACCAGCGUUACAACAAUUGUUAAUACAGUACAGAAAUACGCCACAUGCGAAAACAGGAAUAUCACCCGCGGAAUUAUUAUUUUCAAGAAAAUUACGUACGCGAUUAGAUUUAUUACGUCCUACAGUCACAAAAGAAAGAUCAUACACGCCCUCCAUUAUUUUCAAGGAGGGAAAGAGAGUCAGUUGUCGAAAUUACAUAGGAAAUGUUAAAUGGGUUUUCGGAAAAGUGUUAAAGCAACUGGGCGACUUACAUUACAAUAUACUUUUGGAUGACGGGCGUAUUUGGAAACGUCAUGUUAAUCAGCUGAGACCGAUAGGGGACAAUACACCAGUUAGGAGCGAAGAUUAUAUUCAAUUUGAAGACGAUAUUCCUCCGACCGAUAUGGCAGGGAAUACAAUCCGAAACACAGGGAACAAUUGUCCAGAAAAUGCGAGUUCCGAAUUAACUGAUAGUGAAACAAUUGUUAAUACUCCGGGAAAUGGAACAGGAAAAGAAAAUACACAUGCGAAUACAAGCGUUAGAUUUAGGAGCGAAGUAAAUACACCGUCCCCAUCUUCUCAUUCUCAAUCUCAUUCUCAUACUCAGCCUGAAACCACAUUAGAAAAUUCUGAUUAUUCUACACCUAGAAAUUCAUUCCUUACAUCCACCCCUCAACAUUCCCCUGAACCGAUUACAGAAACGUCACGAAGAUCGCCGGAAACAACCGAACGGUACCGAGCGAAAACCGCGCGAUAA